AUGCUACGACAUAUUAUCGUCUUCAUAUCCGGAAACGGUUCUAACCUUCAAGCAAUAAUUGAUGCAAUACAGUCAGGAACUCUUGAAUGUAAAAUUGACUUGGUAGUUUCUAACAAACAAUCCGCUUACGGCUUAACACGUGCCGAAAAGGCAGGAAUUCCUACACUUGUUUUUCCUUUGAAACCUUAUAAAGACGCCGGAAAAACUCGUAUAGAAUAUGACGUAGAUUUGGCUAAUAAAGUUAGAGAAUAUAAUCCUGAUUUAAUCGUUCUUGCAGGGUGGAUGCUUGUAUUAUCAAAAGAAUUCAUAGAACAUUUUAAUGAUAAUAUCAUUAACUUGCAUCCGGCCCUGCCAGAUCAAUUUGAUGGAGUAAAUGCCAUCGAACGAGCUUACGAGGCAUUUAAGAAGGGAGAAAUCACAAAAACAGGGGUUAUGGUUCAUAAAGUAAUUCCAGAGGUUGACAAGGGGGUGCCAUUAAUGGUUGAAGAAGUGCCGAUAUUUGAAUCGGAUACAUUGGAGAGUUUAGAGGAACGAAUUCACUCAGCAGAACAUAGAACUACCCCUCAAAAUACGAAUCAUCCGUUAGAGAUGGACCCUUUGGGAUUUUCAAUCGAUGAGCGUGAUUCGAAAAAUGAAGAGCCAUGUCGCCUCGAUAACCAGCGUAAGAAAGGAACCCAAAAAUGGAUACGUUUCGAUAGUAACGUAAUUAUGGCACAAAUGCACCCGAAAAAUAAUUUUGUAUUUGUCGCCUCAUUAUCACAAGGACCACCGGUUAUUGUGGAAAUAGGUGAUACAAUAAAGCAAUAUCCCUUGCCGACAAACGCAGAUACAUCGUCUGACACGAGUAUUAACGGCGAAGAAUCGAAUAAUUCGAUAAAGUAUGGAAUACUUCCAAAACUCUCCUGCAAUAAUAAUCCGCUCUAUAGUAAAACAGUUGUUUGUCGAUAUGACAAACGAGGCACACGUAUUCUCUCGGGGACUAGUAAAGGAUACUUGAAUGUAAUCGAUCCCGAAACUCGAAAGGUAGUUAGUUUGGAUGUAGUCGUACACACUCAGGACAAAACGAUUCGCCUUUAUUGGUUGGAUGAACAAGGAAUACAUAAUUCAGAGCUGCAAUUUGCAGAAACGGUCAAUAAGAAUAGUUGGAAUCAAUGCUGUUUUAGCCAAGGAGGAGAAUAUGUAAUUGGAGGUUCUGCUAAACUAGCAACGCACCAAAUAUUCAUAUGGGACAUAAGAACUACUAGACUUGUCCAAACGCUGCAGGGACCAUAUGAAAACCUUGUAGACCUUGCCCAACACCCCAUUCAACCAAUUAUUGUAUCAGUGGACGAACAAGGGGCGAUGCAUACGUGGACAACGCGACACAAAGAAGAUUGGGUUAACUGGGAUCCCGCCUUUACAGAAAUCCAUGAUAAUAUAGUAUAUGAGGAAAGAGAAGAUGAAUUUGAUAUUGUAAACGAAGAAGUCCAGGACGUACAAUAUAAUAAAAACAAAAAUUUUGAAGAUGAAGAUGAAGAAAUUGAUGUUGUGACAAUUGAUAGAACAACACGGUCAGACUCAUCUGAUUAUGAAGACGAAUUUAUUAAUCUAUAUGAUUCCGAGGUUGACUAUAACAAUAACAGCAUCAAUGCAUAG